GCUCAUAAAAUGCUACGAAAAAGAUAUAGGUUAUUUCUAAAUUGCAUCCCCCACGAGAGCAUCUCAAGUGCCAUUCUUACUAAUAUAUGAGCAGCUGCUCUAUGUCUACUUCAGAAUAAAGAAUGAUAAGUUAUAUUAUACCUAGUAUAUACAGUGGCCAUUAAAAUAUAUCCUGCCUUUAUUGUUUUUAUAAAUAAGUCAAGACUGCAAACAUGCCUAAUAUUCCUUUCUUCUCCUAUUUUCCCAGUCAACAACUGUGUGAAAGGAACUGGGUUGAGAAUGAGCAAUUAACUAACCCAAAGUCACCCAACUACCUUCCAUGCCUAAGGUGGGGCUAGAACUCACAGUCUCUAGAAGGUGUGGCCCUUUACUACUAGAUCAAAUUGCUCUUGGAAUUCUUGGGAAAAAAUUAAAGGGCAGAUCUGGAAAAAAGUGGCAAAUCUGAAAAAGCUUCAUAAGGAUAAAAAAACCUUUAUGUUUACAACUUUGUUUUACAAAGCAAAAAAUUCAAGAACAAAACCAAGAAAAUAAUUUUAAUUUAAUUUAAAUAAAUCUAAAGGGCAGCUUUCUGAAAUAUUCUGCAAGUAAUGAGGAUGACCAUUUGUUGAUUAAAUUAUAAUUUCUAUGUAGCGUGCUGUCCAUUGUGUACAAACUUUAUACAAUUUAUUACCGGUAAAAAAAUUUAACAGCAGUAAUGGCUAAUAAAAACUAAAUUAGGACAAUGAAAAAAGAGAAAUAACAAAAAAUAAAAAUAAAGGUGCAAUAAAAAAGUAGAAAAGAGAAAAAUAUAAAAAAAUAUAUAAAGUAGCUUGUAAUAUUCUUCCCAGCAGCUGUAGGUACAAUUAUAACCUCUUUCUAAAGCUCCAUCUUGACUCUCUUCUAUCUAUACUUUGUCACAAACAUCUUUAGUUUGUUAAUAACCUUCGCUAUCUAAAAUUGAAUAGAUUUGCCAGCUUGUGAUUUUAUUUUGCAUUUCUUGGCCUUGCUCAACUCUUGUCCUCUUUUUAAAAUUUCUCCUUAGGGACUCAAAGCGCUUCUCAUGGCAAGAAAACUGAUACUGCUCAACUACCCCAUGGUCUGAAAUACACUGUGGGGUGUUGAUAUCCAAAGCAGCCGCUUCACUGGGUGGGAUUCACACAUUCAGUUGGCUCAAGCCGUCAUCGGUGGCUGGAAGAGGACAUGGCCUCUGAGCAAAGAGUUGUGAUGCCUCUGGGUCUUUUUCAAGAGGCUGGAAUUCAACAGGAAGUGAAAGCAGAGCAGGCAGAGUUCAUCCUAUUUGAAUCGGGGAGCAAGAAAGACCCGCCCAUCUUGCUCACUGGCCACAGAGAGGAAUUCUGGGAAAGAACCGGGGUUGGCUGUCCAAACGGACUGCAGCAGCCCUGGGAAGCCCAGCUGCAGGCUUUCUUGAGAGCGAUGGAGUCUUCCCAACCUCGGGCAAGUGGGAAAAUGAACCAUCCAAGGUUCAGCGCGGAUGUCCAGCUGAUGGCCAACAGUCUCCUGGCAAAAGACCAAGGGGAGGAGGGUGGGAAGGUGAAGGAAGAGAUCCAGCCCAUCGAAGAAGCAUUGGGCACCGAUCUGGAGCGCCAACGUUUCCGGCAGUUUGGCUACCAAGAGGCUGAAGGCCCCCGAGAGGUUUGCCACCAGCUCUGGGAACUUUGCAACCGGUGGCUGAAGCUGGAGAGACACACCAAGGAGCAGAUCCUGGAGCUGGUGGUUCUGGAGCAGUUCCUGGCCAUCCUUCCCGCAGAAAUGCAGAGCUGGGUGAGGCAAGGGAGGCCGGAGAGCUGCCCCCAUGCUGUAGUCCUGGCAGAGGGUUUCCUGCUGAGGCAGCAACGUGGAGCAAAGCAGGUGGGUUUCCGCAAAGGUUGGGCUGGAUCCCCUGAACUGAGAACCCUCCUUUCCAGUGAACGGCAGAAGCCCCCCUUUAUGGAGAUCAGACAAGAGACGGACAAGGAAUCACACUUGCUGUUAGGAGACGCGGAAGAGGAAAGCAAGUUGGGAAAGAAGAAUAACUCGGAAACUUCCAGAAGAGCUGAGCCAAACUAUCUGAAGCAAGAUGGUGCCACUGUAAGCCUGACAGAAACUUAUCUUGAAAAAGAUUUGGACCAGUUCAUCAAUUCCCAGGGACGGUAUGUUGAGUUGGAUAGUGGCACAUCUCAGCUAACAACCCCUGCAGGCCGAAGCCAGAACCCUCUAAGUGAGUGUGAGAAACCCUGUGCGUGCUGCAGCAAGGAUUUACAACUCAAGUGCAACUUCCGAGCGCAGGAGAGAAUCCACACAGGCGAAAAGCCAUACAAGUGCUCCAUGUGUGGCAAGGGCUUCAGCACGAGGGCGUAUCUGGUCACCCAUGCGAGGAUCCACACGGGCGAGAAGCCCUACCGGUGUUCCGACUGCGGGAAGGGUUUCUGCGACAACUCCAACCUCAUAGUCCACAAAAGGACUCACACAGGCGAGCGACCGUACCAGUGCACUGAUUGUGGAAAGAGCUUCCGGGAACGCCCGGUCCUUAUUCGGCACCAGCGGAUCCACACGGGAGAGAAGCCCUACAAGUGCCGAGACUGCGGGAAAGAGUUCAGCCAGAGCUCAGGUCUUUUGGUGCACGAACGCACUCACACCCGAGAGAAGCCAUACACCUGCACCGAUUGUGGGAAGGGCUUUGGGGGCAACUCAAACCUGAGGGUGCACAUGAGGAUCCACACGGGGGAGAAGCUGUACCUGUGCUCCAAUUGUGGGAAAAUGUUUGGAGACAGAUCGCUUCUCGUCAGGCACCAGAACAGCCACCAAGAAGAGAAAUGUUGAUGAAAAUCAAAAUCUAGAUUUGGAGUGCUGACGAAAUCAUAGAUAUUCAUGCACCCUGCUAACUGCAAAGUCUGUCUGCAUAGGACAGUAUUUGUCAUACUGGGGCACUUUAAGAUGUGUGGACUUCAACUCCCAGAA